AUGGCGUUUGUAUGUGUACAAUUCCCCCCUUCGAGUCUAUCGUGUGGUGCCGCGUGGUGCACAGCACACUGUCUGUUGGACAAUCGCUCUGAGCGCGGAAGCGCAGGGAAUCUCGUUACUCCUGUGUUGAUUGCCUUGCUGCAAGUGCUAUUUACUGAUUUGACUUGUCUCUUAGUUGUUGAAUCGUAUAUCACCCAUGUUCGGAUAACAGAAGACGGUGCUCACCCAUCUACCCCUCCCCCUCCAGACUCGCCACCCGAGAAUAAGAAGGCCCGUGUGAUUGUGGUUGCAGUACGGAGAUCCGGCAGAGUCCGGAUGCACAAGGCCAGAGAGAACAGUGACGGCUCCUUUUCGAUCGGUAAAACGUGGAUGCUCGAUGAUCUGUCUGCUAUCCAGUCGUACAGCGCCCUGGUGGCAUCGAAUCCGACGGAGCAGCAGCAUAAACAAUGGGCUUCGAACAUGGGAUUUGUUGUGACGGUGGGCAAGCCCUACUAUUGGCAUGCUGCGACGUCGAAGGAGAAAGAUUUCUUCAUUGGCAGUCUAGUGAAGAUCUACAUAAAAUACACUGGCGGCAAGGUCCCGAAUCUCAUUGGAUUCGAUGAACGCGAAAAGCAGAUGAUCUUUGAAUCUGGGCCUCAGGAUCCUUUGGUACCUCCAGGUUCUAGAGCGGCUCCCCCAACUCAUCCCUCAUCCGACGUCGCAGCACCUCCACGUCCGCCGUCGGCCCAGGCCAAUCGACCCCAGUCACCAUAUUCGAACCGUGCACCCAGUCGAGACGGGCCUCGAAGCCUCCGGAGACAGGCGUCUGAAGAUCCCAUGUUGCGAGCGCAACGAAGCAGAGACCAGAUGCGGCCUCCCCCGGGCCCAGCUGCGAAAGUUCCUCUCCCUCCUUUGGUUCCGAAUCAGCCUGGACUACCAGAGCAGCCACCCCCACGAGCAACCGAACGACUCGCAGCGACAGACAACCGGAUGCCGAGAGGGUCCGACUCAAGAGCGAAAGAUCUUCCCGCUGGGGUUCCUCCUGGGGCUGGGCCCAUUUCCAAGUCAAGGGUAUACGGAGAUUCGGAUGAGCACAGCGUGGCUAGCAGCCAGACAGAAGGACGACAGUUAUCUUCUCGGGAUGGAAAGGGUAUGCCAGAGCUCAGACCUGUGCGAAGUCAUGAUUCAGGAGCAAGUUCGCCUGAGCUGCGACGGAAUAAAGACGGUCUUCGGCCAGCCACUCCAGCAUCCAGUACUGGUGAAAAUAGAUACGCUGCGCAUAGCCCGGCCGGAAGCUUGGGUCAGAGAUCGAUACAAAACGAGUCAACUGACAGGACAUCUACUCCGGAAAGUCGUACGCAACACGCACCGCUCAAAGUCAACACGUCAACUCUUCCUCCCUCGCUGAGACCUGGCUCGGCCGCCAGCAACCGCCCACCCCCAUCUCCAAGAGCAGAGAAGGCAGAUCCGAUCGCAACUCCCGUAUCCGCCCAUUCAGAGCCAGCAAUUGCAACUCCGGUGGUAUCGACACCACAAGAGAGUAAGCCCAAGGAGCCUGCCCUUCCAGAGCCCGAAACGGUUAUCUCGCCAGCCAGUCCUCCUGAAGUGCCUUCUGGGGAAGCCGCCGACGAAGAUGCAGAGGCACAUCGCCCAGGCCUGGGGCCCAUGAUCAAGAAAAAGUCGGCGAAAGACGUUGCUGGUGCUUUCCGUAAAGCCGCGACCGCUUACGGGGCCUUCCGACCACGAGUCGGAGGGGCUGGAGAACGAUUACUUGCUGCUGCAAAACAGGCAAAGACCGAUGAGCCAGAUGGAAUUACAAGCGUUGUUCCUGCGCCAUCACUUCGCCCAGGCACUGAGUCUGCAAGGGACGCUGGAUUGGAGACACCGGAUCAAGAAGCUCCUUCCCCUUCUCCUGCUGUUGCUGCUGCUGCUGCUGCUACUGCUGCUGCUACUGCUCCCAUCACUACAUAUACACAGAAAGAGCCUCCAACUGUUGAAGUCACCGCCGACGAUGGGACCACUGCUUUGGUGGAGAUCGUCAAGCCAUCAACCGAUGCGACGAUAGAAUCCAUGAAAGAAGCCGCCAGAUCGGUGUCCCCCGCUUCAGUUGAGCGUCGACGACGGAGGCGUGAAGAUAACACCGCAAAAUACCUUCAAGCAUUGGGGAUUGAUCCUAGUCUUCUUGAGGGACGCGGCGUAGAGUUUGACGACAUCCUGACCGAUCUAGGUUGGAAUGGCCGUCUAAAUGAUGAGAAGAGGAUCGAAGAUCUGGAAGCCGACGUGCGUCGAGAGAUUGGCCGAGUCGAAGCUACCAGCUGGCUAGGCAACGUGGAGCAGCAGGAGGGGAAAGUCGAUCAACUUGCACAAUUAAUCGACAAGACGAUAGAGGAAUGUGAAGAGCUGGACGGGCUGCUGACCCUCUAUUCCCACGAAUUGAAUACUCUUCAUGAUGAUGUGGCCUAUAUCGAAGCACAGUCGCAAGGGUUGCAAGUCCAGACUGCCAACCAGAAAUUACUUCAAAAUGAGCUACAGAAUCUUCUCAAGACACUGUCCAUCUCGUCAACUGACCUCCAGCCGCUGAGAGAGGCCUCCCUUAGCAACCCCGACGGACUGAACGACACCGAAACCUCACUGUCAAUCCUGUACAAGGCGAUGCUCAUGAUUGACUCGGAUAUCUGGCAGAAUAAGAAGCGGAUGGGUGAUGUCGCGGGAGAUCACGGCAGUGUGGGCGUCUACGCCGACACUGAAGUGGGCCAGAUGCGUGCGAUCAAAGAAAAGAAGGAAGAAUACCGCAACCACGCACGUCAGUUCUUGCAGCGACUGCAUCAGUAUAUGAAGAUCGCUUUCAAGAUGGCCGAGUCGAAGAUGAUCGAGUUUUCCAAGACGAUGACGACGGCAAAGGAUCCGAUGAAGCUGGACAACGAGUCGCGCGACUAUUUCCGUCAGGAGCUGUGGAUGUACCAUACUCUCAUGCUGUUUGCCCGAGAGGUGAGCACGAGCGAGUGGAACGGCCUGAUCAGCUUGUAUGAAUCGCAAGCCAAGAUCCCGUAUCAGAACGAGUUCCGCGACAACAGCCUAGUGUGGAAGCGGGCCGCCCGGACGCCUGUGAUCGAGGAGAGCGAGCUCCUCUUCACGCACCAGGAGAAGGAGAAGGAGACCGACGGACUCACGAUGGCAGCGCGCAAGCUAACGGUGCGACGAGGGAAGACCGUCCGGGCUAACGCUGGUCUGAGACUCUCCCUAGGCGACAAGAAGGGCGGCAAGAUCGAUCCGUACGAAGCCUUCAGCGGCGCCCUUCAGGAGAACCUGAAGAUGAUCUCGGACGAGCAAAACUUUUUGGUCCAGUUCUUCCAUCUGAGCUCGCUCGCCAAUGCUGACUUCCCGGACCUGGUGGCAUCCGCCCACCCCGACGAGCGGCGCCGACCUGAUUUCAGCGCCAAGCAGCUCAACGAUCCUGACCGCGAGAUGGCGAUGAAGCUGGAGCAGGUCAUGGAUGAGAUCUAUAACUUUUGGCCGACAGACCUGCAAAACAUGGUGGACUGGGCCACUAAAACCGAUCCUUUACAAGGCAUCGGAAUCUUAUUCGCCCUGGAGCGGGCGAUCUCAGAAAAUGAAGACACGAACCAGGAAUUCAUCAUCCACGCCUUGCAGAAGCUGCACACGCGACUGGUGGGUCUGUUCAAUCGGUUUGUGGACGAGCAGAUCCGGGGCAUUGAGGAGACGAAGGUCAAGGUCAACAAGCGUAAAGGAGUGAUUUCGUUCAUGCGGGUGUUCCCCAACUUCCUGGUGGCGGUGGAGAACAUGCUGUCGCACCCGGCGGCGGCGACGUGCGAGGUGCGCAACAGCGUGAACGAGGCGUACAACCGGAUCAACCGGGCGAUGUGGGAGUCGCUCAAGUUCAUUGCCAAGGAGGCGCCUGGCCAGGCGGCCGGAGGGUCGGUGAUGAUGACGACGGGGUCUGCCGGCGGGGCGGCGGCAGCGGCAGCAGCAGCCGCCGGGGACCCUGAAGACAAGGAGGUGCUCAACUACCACAUCCUGCUGAUCGAGAACAUGAACCAUUACCUGGAGGAGGUGGAGGUGCGGGACUCGCGGCAGCUGCCCGUGCUGGAACGGUGGCUGCAGCGGGCGCAGCAGGACCUGGACGAACACCUGAAGCUCUACCUGGACGCGGUGAUCCACCGGCCGCUGGGCAAGCUGCUGGACUUUGUGGAGUCGACGGAGGCGCUGCUGGAGAUGACGCCGGGCCCGCCGACGACGGUGGCGGCGCGGGCCAGCCACUCGCGGUCGCUGGCGAAGAAGGUGCUGGCGGCGCACGACAGCAAGGAGCUGCGGCGGGGCAUCGAGCUGCUGAAGAAACGGGUCGAGAAGCACUUUGGCGACGCGGACGACCCGGGUCUGAGCCGCAGCCUGGUGCUCAAGGUGCUGCGCCAGUGCGAGGCGCGGUACGAGGCGGCGCACGAGCGCACGCAGCGCAUCUGCGAGACCGUCUACGAGGGCACUCUCGAGCUCGAAUGGCGCGUCGAGGAUGCGCAGGCUGUAUUCCAGCAUCGCUGA